AUGGGAAAGGCUGAGUUCGGAACGGCUAAAUAUGUGGCCAAUAAAAUGAAGGCAAAGGGCCUUUCAAAGCUGAAAUUCUACUGCCAAAUCUGCGAGAAGCAGUGCAGAGACGACAACGGCUUCAAAUGUCAUAUUGAGUCGCCGUCGCACCUGCGAAAGGUCAAGGAGCUUGCUCAGGAUCCAAUGAAACGGAGAAACAUGAUCGAAGAUUAUUCCAAGCAAUUCCAGAAUGAUUUUGUGAGACUGCUCAAGAUGUCUCACGGCGAGAAGGAGAUAGGUGCGAACAGGUUUUACCAAGAAUAUAUUGGGAACAAAGAACACAUACAUAUGAAUUCCACGAAGUGGAAGGCGCUGAGCCAGUUUGUGAAGCAUUUGGGCGAUUCGGGCAUCUGUACCGUGAUAGAACAUGGAAAGGAAGAGACUGAUUUGGACGAGAAUGAGGAAGAAGACGAAGAAGAAGAGGAAGAGCUAAGUGGAGAAAAGUUCACUAUAGCGUACAUAGACAAGUCGUCUGAGGCCAUACGAAGAAAAGAAUUGGGGAAACAGAAACAAUCGGUGAAGACGGAUGAGGAAUCGAGCCUUGCCAGGUUACAAGAGCAGAUCAACAGGGCAAAGAGAAAUCAUGUGGAGGAAGAAGAGGAAAAGUCUGUUAAUAAAAGGCUCAGGGAUGCGAAUCACGAGCCAAUCAAGCUGUCUAUAUCUAAAGUUUCGGAUCCUCCAAGGACGAUCAUGAAGUGUGGCAUGAGGAUCAAGCCAGACUUCGGGGCUUUCAAGAUAGCCAAACCGGAUUCAAACAAGCUUGGAUUUAAAAAGGCGGAUGUGUUCAAGAAGGAGAAUCGAGAGGCAAAGAUAAAGGUUAAUGCAGGAGACAAAAAAUGA